AUGAACGAAGGCGGACGGCAUCUAAAUAAUUAUUCAUUAUUAGCUAUUGCUGUAUUAACUGAAUUACAUAUAGGUCAAGGUUAUCAUAAUGGAAUAACAUCUGAUGAAAGCAAAUUACGUUCAUAUGCACUUAUGUCUUUAGAAAAAAAUGAAAUGGAACCAUUUCCGAAAACAAAUAAAAAUUGUGUUAGACAACCAACGAGAAGAAUAUCAAAAAAAGCAAAAUAG